AUGCUGGUACUGGCAAUGCCCUCUGAGGACGUGGUCGUGGCAGCUGCUCUGCUGCACACCGCUCGUCACAUGUUGCUGGUAUCCGCCGUACACUGUACGCGGUCGUUGACGCGAAGUUCGGUGCCGUUCUGCACCCAAGACUUCAUCGCCGCAAAGGAGGCGAGGAUUGCUGCCAGGGCGGCCAAGGCCGCGAGCGUCGAGGCCAACAAGGAGAAGAGGGGGGUGGAGCACAGAAAGGCCAAAGACGGAGACCGCUCCGGCAAGGCUUCCGGUGCUGCUAAGAAGGCUAGCAAGGCCAAGACGGCAGGCAAGCAGGGGUCCAAGGUAUAA